AUGGCCCCAAACUGCGAGCCACUAUGCCAUUUCGGCGACAGACUCUAUUUCACCACAUUUCCCCAUCCUGCGCCGAAACAGUCGACUCUGAACGAUCUCAAGGAUGGCGACAAGCCUCGCGUACGAGGCAUGGCCAAGGGUGGUCCCUCAGUCACCCCAGACGAUGACGCGAAAUAUUACUACUUCACCAUCGAUGACCAGCUCGUCUACAUGUCCUUCUAUCAGGAUUGGGGUCCUCUCAACAUCGCUAUGGUAUACAAGGCCUGCAUCUACAUUCACUCAUUGCUAGGCGACGAGGAACUGUCUUCUUACAGACUCGUGCUCUACACUUCCGAUGAUCCACGGCGUAAAGCUAAUGCGGCUCUUCUCAUGGCUCUCUUCUCGCUGAUCGUACAACAACGCGCACCGUGGGACGCCUUCCAACCCAUCGCCGAGCUCGAAUUCAUGCCCUUCCGCGACGCAGGCCGCGGUCACUCCGACUUUAACCUCAACAUCCAAGACUGCCUCUGGGGCGUCUACAAAGCCAUGCAGAACGGUCUCUGCGACCUGAACGAAUUCGAUGUGAACGAGUACGAGUAUUACGAAAAGGUCGAGAACGGUGACUGGAACUGGAUCACACCAAACUUCAUCGCGUUCGCGUCGCCGAUGGAUCCGACGUGGGUGAAGGGACAGAAGGAUAAGGAGAAGGAUAAGGCUGAGGCGACGUUCGCGGCUGGGUGUUUGCCGGCGAGAGCGGGUUCGGGGAGUAAAUUGGCGUUGAAGAGGAAGCUGCCGACGCCGUUUAUGAACUGUCUGGAGUACUUCGAGCAGAGGAACAUCAAGAUUGUCGUCAGGCUCAACAACGAGCUCUACGAUCGGAAUACCUUCCUCGAACGGGGGAUCAAUCAUCUCGAACUCUACUUCGAUGAUGGAACCAAUCCUACGGACGAGAUCGUGCGGAGAUUCAUUGAUGUGUCGGACGAGGUCAUUUCAGGGGGAGGCGUCGUCGCUGUGCACUGCAAAGCAGGCCUUGGACGUACAGGAACCCUCAUCGGCGCCUAUCUUAUCUGGAAAUACGGCUUCACGGCUUCCGAAGCCAUCGCCUUCAUGCGCAUCGUCCGUCCCGGCUGUGUCGUCGGUCCCCAACAACAGUACAUGUACUGUAAACAGCUCGAAUGGGCCAAAUGG